AUGGCAGAGACCACGCUCAGCUCCACAUUCUUCAUCCGUGUGAAGUCCUUGUCAGGAAAAUAUAUUUUUGUGCUGCUGUCUUUGGACGACACGGUGCUGGACCUAAAGAUGAAGCUAUUUGCACUGGAUAGCUAUUUCUAUCCUUCUGAGUCAAUACUGAUUCAUGAUGGCCAGGAGUUAUCGAACGAACUAACUCUCAGACAUUACAACAUCACCUCCAACAGCAUUGUACACCACGUUCUUAGGUCCACAGGUUAUCAAGAACCAGAAAUGGAACUACAGGGCAGUCCAGCAGACAUCACCUCAAGGCUAGUAAAUCAGGGUCUGGCAGGUGUCAUUCCAAGAGCAGAAUUUCAGGGCCCUCAGGCAGGCAUCUCCUCAAGGAUAGAAAGUCAGGGCCCUCUGACAAUCAUCAACUCAAGGACGUAUAAUGUGGGCCCUAUGGCAUGCAUCACCUCAAGAAUAGUAAUGGAGGGCGGUCCAGCACGUAUUGCCUCACAGAUAAAAAGGCAGGGCAGUCCGGCAAGCGUCACCUCAACAAGAGCAAUGGAAAUCCAGAAAUGGCCACAGUCAGAUGUCCCAGCAGAGGAGAGAAGCUGUCGCUGUGUGAGGCAGGAAUUUCAAGAAGUGAGGCCGAAGAUAGAUCCACAUAUUUUGGAGGAACAAAACACAUACAAAGCUUGUCUCCCUGGACCAGGCAUCUUCCAGUGCUCUGAGACGGGCCUUGCCUUCGAGGUGGAGUCAGCAUCCAGCAUCGUGUACAGAUAUGCCUCCUGGAGCACGCAUCUGAAAGAGGCUGACCAGAAUGUGUGGGUACCUGCUGGGCCUCUUUUCAACAUCGGGGCGCUGCCUGGAACCGUGCGAGCUGUGUAUCUCCCCCACUUCAUCUGCCUGUCAGAUGUAGACAUCAGUGGGUGCUCGAUUGCCCAUUUUGAAUUCCAGAAGAUGACCAUACAGCAACCAACAGAAGUGAUGGCCUUCUCCGCAGUCCUGGAGAAUCCCAGCUUCUCUCUUCUUGGAGUGGUUUGGAGAAAGUUACGUUCAGCCAUUUCUCUCCCUGUGCACUCCUUAGUGCUGAUCUUCCAACAGCUCUCCGCUGCAAAUACAACCCUGCAUCUCUACCUGAUCCCAGAUGACAGCUCUGUGAAGAAGGCCAUUGAAAGACAAGAGACAAGCUGGAACUCAAAGCUUAUUCCCAAGCCUUCUCCAUUCCGUCCCCUGUUUUUUGGCCACAGAUACCAGGUGUGCAGUAACACUCAAGUGAAGAUUACACCUGAAGCACACUUACCAUUUUGCUACAAGAGUCCAGAGGACCAACAGCUCUUUGUUGAGAUCUACAUCAGGAAAAUGGCAAAGGAAGUGGAAUUCUUUAUCACAGAUGGACAGAAUGACACCGAGGUCUGGAGGGCAUCGCUGAGAUCAGGUGAUAUUAGUCAUUCUGGAAACAAAUCCAAAAAGCUUUCAGGUGCAGCCUUCCUGAAGAAGCACAAGACAGAGCUUUGUUCCAGGAUGGGGCAGCUCUCCUCCAUUCUGCUAAAUUUAAGUGUUGAAGACGUAAUCAACAGUGAAGAAGAAGAGGAGGUACAAGCUCAAAAUACAAAACAAAAGAAGAAUCAAUUUCUGCUGGACCUAGUUGAGAAAAAAGGGCUCAAGGCCCAAGAGAUGCUCUUUCAGAUCCUCCAGAAAAAAGACCGAUUUCUUGUUGAAGACCUGCAGAAAGCUAAGACAGAGGACAUUGACAGAUUAAGGAAGUGACAGGAGAGUCAGGCAAAAGGAGGGAUUUGUCUGUGCGUGAAUCCUGACCUUUCCAUGCAAAAUCCAUGAUACAAAGCAAUGUCUCAGCCUUCUGAGCAACCAACUGCCAGGCCUGCUUCCCUUACCUGAUGUGCUCACUACAAGAGGACUGUCGAUCACCACUGAGAAGCUGCUGAAAAGAGAAACCUUAGUUCCUAAUCCAGUGCCCAUGUUGUGAAGCCAUCCGCCUUCUGAGAACACAGGGCCUCUGCAGGGUCUCCAGAUGCUCCAGGCAGCUGCUAGUUGAGGAGCUCUCUUCACAACAGGAACCUCACAGAGUCACAGAAUUGCAGGGGUUGGAAGGAACCUCUGGAAAUCCCCCAGUCCAACACCGCUUAGAGCAGCUUCCCUACAGAAUGUUACACAGGAAAGUGUUCAGGCAGGGUUUGAAUAUCCCUGGAGAAGGAGACUUUACAGCCUCUCUGGGCAACAUGUUCCACUGCUCUGUCACUGUCAUAGUAUCGUUUUUCUUUACGAAAUAAAAUCAUAAAGACCAUCCAUCAA